AUGUGUGUAUCUGCAGUCCCGGAGUCGUCUCGGACCUGCAGCAAAGCUCCGGAGGUGGCCAGCGUCAGGGUUCAGCUGGAGAUGCAGAGCCUGUGGCGGCAGUUCGACCAGCUCGGCACUGAGAUGAUUGUGACAAAAGCUGGAAGAAGGAUGUUUCCUACAUUUCAAGUACACAUUUCAGGCAUGGAUCCUGCUGCAGAAUAUGUUCUCCUAAUGGACUUUAUUCCUGUUGAUGACAAACGAUACAGGUACGCCUUCCACAGCUCCUCGUGGCUGGUAGCUGGACGCGGAGAUAUAGCCGCCCCGGGACGAGUGCACUUCCACCCGGACUCUCCGGCUCGAGGAGCGCAGUGGGUCAAACAGACCGUCUCAUUCGACCGCCUCAAACUCACCAACAACCUGCUGGACGACAACGGCCAUAUGAUCCUGAGCUCCAUGCACCGGUAUCAGCCGCGGCUGCAUGUGGUUCUGGUGGACCGGAGCCAUGACAGUCAACGCUUCGCUCACCGCAACUUCUGCACCUUCAGCUUCCCAGAGACCCGCUUCAUCGCAGUCACCGCCUACCAGAACCACCGGAUCACCCAGCUGAAGAUCGCUUGCAACCCCUUCGCCAAAGGCUUUCGUACAGCAGAUUCUGAGAACAGGCACACAGCUCCGUGUCAGACAGAAUCUGCUGGCCUGUGUUUGCCGUGGAGUGUGUUUGAGGAAUCGUCGUCUGUGCGUGAAGAUCAGCGCCGCUCGAGCGCUCAUGGUGCGGCCCUGCAGACGGCGGGGACCGAGGCGGCGCUCUCGUACGACGGAGGCUCUCAUUACUACAGCGCCCCUGCGCUCCUCACAGUGCCCUGCCAGUGGAGCGGCCCGAGCACAGCCCACAGAUAACAGCCCUCUGCUCUUAGCCUUACACCUGAAAGUGUGCUUCGUUUGUGCAUACAUCAACAACAACAGCAAUCAUAAUAAAAAAUUAUCAAAUAAAUUAGUUUCAAAUGGUCUGGUCAACAAGAAAUAGUUCCUCACGGUAACGAUACUUUUACAGAGUAGAUUUAUUGCAUUACGCAUGAAUCAAAACAAAGGCUCUGUGUUCUGUGAACUGUAUAACUCGGUGAUCAUGUUCAUAUAUUCAUGCUUCUCAGUACCUACGACAGGGGUUAAAUUGGGAUUUGUUAUGUGGGGGGGCUCUAUGGUAUCGAGCAUAUAUAGUCCAAAGC